CCAAGGGGCUUACUAAAGCCUGCUUCACUAAUUCUGUGUUGUGGGGAGUCCACAUCCCAUCCUUUAAAUACUUAAACAGAACCUUUUGGCCCUCAUCACACCGUCACACCUGUCCCUGUUCUUGACUCAUGUCACAUACUCUUGUGACCCCUCUCUUCUUUCUCGAUUGUAGAAAUGCAUGCAAUUGUGUCCAACUCUUUCAACGUUGCUUAAUUCAUGCCCAUUGGUUCUGCGGGCUGACAUUCUACUGAGCUUGGAUCAGGAUGGUUGACAAGGCUGACACCGAAAUAACAAGGAUCCCUGACAAGUCACUGUACGACAGCUGGGUGAAGAAGGCCUGGUGCAGAUGCAUACAGAUGUCUAGCUACUGCUGCCAGAAAGGGGCAGUCACAUGAGUCCUCCCACUGCUGAAUAAUGGGGAGAUCUUCCUUGUCUUGUGUGUUCCUCUGCUGUGUUUCCAAUCCUGGAACCCCUCUCCAUGGUUCUCUGCUCUAAAAAUAGGCCCUCUGGUUACGCGUUUGAUAUUUCAUCUGUCUCUUUAACAUCCCAUUGUGGCUCACUUACACACACAAGAGUGCCUGGGUCUCAUGGCUCAUUACUAGCUUGGUCUUUCAAAAAAGGAUCCAUCCAUUGCUCUGUUCUAAGACUUAUGAGUAGAAAAACAUAGAAUAAUAUCUCAAAAUAUCUGACAGGAUCUGUACAUUUACAGCAUAACUUCAAAACAAACAAAAAACAUCCAGUACCAUACUCAUUAAUAUAGCACAAUAUCAAAAUACCUAGGAUGGUGCUUACCCUCUGCAAAAUUUUAAGAAGGAUCUACAUUCACCUUACAGCAAAUAUGGGAGUGUAUUACAUGUCUUACUGUGUGACUCCUUAAGAAGACCAUUGACCAAUCACUCAAAUGUUAAAAAUAGACCAUGGCCAAGUCCAAACCUGGGUGUGAGAAAAUGUUCCAAGGGUCAGUGGUGGGGCAUUUUCCUACCCAGUCUACGCAAUAGGCGCUCUCCAUCUAAUAAUACCUUAAUAAUAACAAGCUUAAUAUGUGGUUAUUGUUUUUUUCCGUUUCUUCAAUUGACCACCUUAUUCUUGCUGACCCGAUUAUUUUCCUGUCUUACAACCUACCUGAGACUAUAUCACAAAAUGAAAGGAAUUUAUCAGUCAUCAAGUCACAGCUCUUUAAGUGUCUGUAUCAUCAGAUAACUUUUUGAAAAUGGCCAAACAGUCCUGCCCAUUUUUAUUCCAAAAAAUAUUUUCAACAACAAGGUCAGUUAUUAGAAAAAGCUGUCCCAUCCACAACUAAAAAAAGGACUUACGGAAGGCUCGUAGUAAUCUCUGACAUGUCCUGGAUAUUUUCUCCAUUCUGCCAUUGAAAUGGUACCUGCUCCGGUCCUUGAAAGACUCCAAGCUCCUUGUCAAUUCAGAAGACAUUCCUGUAGUAUCCCAUAAAUGGACGCUUGUUUUCCAGCAACAAGGACGUUUGGAAGAGGUGAAUCUGCCGUGGUGGGAGGAGCAGGGAAACCUUAUCUGACCUUGCUGAACUGGUAACCACCUCAGAGGAAAGAUGGCAACCAGACAGUCUCUCCAUGAGGACAAACUCUCCUGCCCCAUUUGUGGAAAUAUUCUGAAGGAACCUGUUUUGCUUUCCUGUAAACAUAAGUUUUGUAAAGCUUGUCUGAAGGACUGCUGGGAGACUCAGGGCGGGAAGGAGUCUCACUGCUGUCCCCUCUGCUUGCGUCGUUCCUCCAUGGACGAGAUUAUAGUGAGCACUAUGCUGGAGAAGUCCUGUGAAUCCUACAGGGAAUACAAAAGGAAUGAUGAUCCUCUGGCAUGUAAGAUGCAUGGAGAAAAGCUCACAUGGUUCUGCCUGGAGGACUUGGAGCCCACUUGUGGAGUGUGCCAGGCGACUGCAGCGCACAAGGGGCACAGACUCUACCCUGUUGAGGAGGGUGCACUUGACUGUAAGGAAGAACUCAAGAGUGCAUUGAAGCCACUCAAGGAGAAGCUGAAGCUGUACAAGAAGGCUAAGCUUGCUUGUGAUCAAACAACAGCGCAUAUCAAGAACCAGGCAGAGCAUACAGAGAGGCAGAUCAAGGAUGAAUUUGAGGCUUUACACCAGUUUCUCAGAGACGAAGAGGCAACUCGACUGACGGAACUCAAGGCUGAGGAGGACCUGAAGUGUCAGACGAUAAACAUGAAGCUUGAGGAGAUGUCGAACGAGCUCACGUCCCUCUCCAAUACAAUCAGGAUCGUGGAGCAGGAGAUGAGAUCUCCGGACAUACCGUUCCUGCAGAACUACAAGGAUACUAUUAAGAGAACCUGGCGCAAGCCCCUGGAUCCACAGGUAAUCUCCGGAGCCUUAAUCGACGUGGCCCAGCACCUGGGCUCCCUGAAGUUCCACAUCUGGGACAACAUGAAGCGCAUCGUUUCAUACACCCCCGUGAUUCUGGACCCCAACACGGCGGCGUGCUGCUUCGUCCUGUCAGAGGACCUGACGGUGGUGCAGUGCGGCGCCCAGAUCUUCAAGCUGCCGGACAACCCCGAGCGCUUCGACAUCAGCGCCGAGCUGCUGGGCUCCGUGGGCUUCCGCUCCGGCCGCCACAGCUGGGAGGUGGAGGUGAAGGACAACUCCUAUUGGGUGGUGGGCGUGGCCAGCGAGUCCAUCAACAGGAAGGGCAAGCACGUUCUGACACCGUCGGAGGGAUAUUGGACGAUACGGUUUCGCAACGGCGAGCAUAAGGCCUGCACCGCCCCUUGGGAAGACCUGACUAUGAAACAAGAGCCGCAGGUGAUCAGGAUUGUGCUGGACAUGGACAGGGGCAAGUUGACCUUCUACGACCCUCGGGAGCGGACGCCCCUCUACGCGUUCUCUGACCUCAUCAUACCAAGGGCGUUCCCUUAUUUCUGCACGGCCUGUAAGGAGCACCCUCUGAAAGUCCUGCCUACGAGGCUGUCCGUUUCCGUGGAGAUGUAGGGCGCCUGCAUGGAGCGUCAACAGACAGAAAUGAGUGGAAAAAAACCCUACUACCUUACUAACAACAGGGUUUGUACUACCUAGAGGUGAAUAUCAGAAGUCAUUUAUGAAUGAAGCAUGUUUAGUCGAUACUUAUUUGUCUUGACCUGUGUGAGAAUGGUGUGUAUUUUAUCAAGUCAAAAAAGCUCAGGAAUAAGCUAAAUUAGAACUAGCUUUUAAAUAUUUAAAGGUAAACGUUGUCUCUUUAAAAUAUUCAUUUAUUGCAUUACACCCAAACAUUGCUUGAAGGGCAGAGCAAGUAUAUUAUUACUAUUCACAAUCAGUCAUAGUAACAAUGUUACUCUACAGGAAAAACACAGUUACAAUAAUUUAGCAAUUUUAAGUAAGCUUUUCAGCAUGAAUGCAAGAAAUUGUUAUGAACCGAUAACCUUCUUGGCUGAAGUUCUCUCUUGGACAGCAUGAAGACAAAAGACUUUAGGACACCAUGGGCACCAAAGUAAGGCACAUCAUAUUGUGAGAAUAAUCAUGUUAGAGAACAAAUCGGCCAUUACUUCAAACAUGAUAAAGAGUCGAUUUAGUUUUAUGCAAUCUUCCAAUCAAAAAGAUUUAGUGUUGUGGGAAACGUGGGCGUUUGCGUGUCAUGUGGCUUCCCAUAAUGAAGCUCACAGUCUCACUAACUAACACAGUAACUCACUCGAACAUGGACAGUCAAGUAUUUCCUAAAUCUGAACUAAACUGUGCUUGUAGAACAUAACUGCAAGGUCGGAGGCAUUUCUGUUCAUGAAGAAUCUGUAACUAAGGUGCCUCAUGCUUUGCCUUUUGCUCGCCUUCUAAUCAGCAGAUCUGCUCCUUCUAACAGCAUAACCGCUUCAAGUAAGACCCACAGAAUCCAAACUUUAAGUGCAUUGUAGCUCAAAGGCUUAGCGGUGUUCAUUUGGCUAACUGAGGAAUUUAAAAAAUAAA